AUGACAUCGAUCACUGUUACACACAGUACGACAAUUUAUUGCAAUUACGGAUUUGCCAACAUAAGUUUCGUUGGGAACAUUUACCAAUGCGUAGCUGAAGUUUCUUUUGAUGGAAGUGAAGUGAAAGGUGUGACAGGAGUUCAUUUAUUAGGAAGACAGAACAGCGAUGUCGAUCAUUUAUUUGUCAUCAAUCAAAACACUCCAGAAAUUCCCAAAAAGAUUUCAGAGUUCUUUCCUAAUCUUAGAGUCAUUACCUGGUACAAUUCCAACUUGGAGAGAAUUAGUAGUGACGUCUUGAACUUCGAAAAUUUAAUUCUCUUUGGUGUUUGGUUGAAUAAAAUUACGCACCUUGAUGGAAAUUUGUUUCAAAACAAUCCGAAAUUAAAAUCGAUUGACUUUGAUUUUAAUCAAAUUAAUUCUGUCGGAAGUGGAAUCUUAGACGGUCUCAAUGACUUGGAAGUUGCAGAUUUUAGUAGAAACAUUUGCAUAGACUCGUUUGCCAACACCCCAGAAACAUUAAAUGACUUGAAGUGGGAAUUGGAAUACUCGUGUGCAGGUAAAACGUCAACACGUUCGACAACAUCAACAAUGUCAUCAUCAACAAUUUCAGUUUCUUCAGAGCUAACGACAACUUCUGUAAUCCCAACCCCACCAACUCCUCCAACAACUCAAACGACCUCAACAGGUGCAACAACGAAAUCUACAGCAAUUCCGACAUCUCCAACUGAACCUUCAACGUAUCCUACAUCAACCAGCACUCCACCAAUUCCGACAUCUCCAACAGACACAACAACGCAGCCUACAGCAAUCCCGACAUCUUCAACUGAGUCUUCAACUUAUCCUUCAUCAACCAGCACCAUUUCAACUUCAACAAACCCAACUGAAACUACAACACGCACUGAAACCACAACAAAUUCUCAACUUGAUCGCAUUGAUCAAUGUCUGACAAGUUGCCCAAUAAAUGCUAAUGGUUAUCUUGGUAACAGACGAGAUUGCAGAAGAUAUUUCUUCUGUAACAGAGGGAUGACAAAUAUACUUCAAUGUCCAGAGAACCAAAUAUUUGAUGUCAUAACUGCAGCUUGUGGAGAUCCUGGAAAUUCAAUUUGUAUUGUAGAUUAUCAAUGUUGA